AUGCCUCGUCGCGCAGCAUCGCCCGCGCCCUCCGAGGGAGAGGUCGACAUUGCCGACUCUCUCUUCGCCACGAACGCCAGCGACAACGGGAGCGACGAUGGACAGAACGCCGGAGGCUUCGACUUUGACGUUGACGGGAUCCUGAACGGCAACGAGGGAGGGCAGGCCGAGGACGAUGGCGACGAAGCCUUCAUUGCGCUGCAGCAGGCAGCUUCGUUCCGCAAGUCGUCCAACCUCAAGGGAAAAUCAGUCAAGAAGGGCGGUGGUUUCCAGGCCAUGGGUCUGAAUGCGAACCUCCUCCGCGCGAUUACGAAAAAGGGAUUCUCCGUCCCCACGCCGAUUCAACGAAAGACGAUCCCUCUGAUCUUGGACCGCAAGGAUGUCGUGGGCAUGGCGAGAACGGGUUCCGGAAAGACUGCGGCCUUUGUCAUUCCCAUGAUCGAGCGCCUCCGCGCCCACAGCGCAAAGGUCGGCACGCGCGCCCUCAUCAUGUCGCCGUCUCGUGAGCUUGCGCUCCAGACUCUCAAGGUUGUCAAGGAGUUCAGCAAGGGAACGGACCUGAAGUGCAUCUUACUCGUCGGUGGUGACAGCAUGGAGGACCAGUUCAGCAUGAUGUCGUCAAACCCGGAUAUCGUCAUCGCCACGCCCGGUCGUUUCCUCCAUCUCAAGGUCGAAAUGGGUCUGGACCUGUCGUCCAUCAAGUACGUCGUCUUUGACGAAGCCGAUCGUCUGUUCGAAAUGGGUUUUGCUGCCCAACUUACCGAGAUUCUUCACGCUCUCCCUCUGUCGAGGCAAAGUCUGUUGUUCUCUGCGACGUUGCCGGCCUCCUUGGUCGAGUUCGCCAGAGCUGGUCUGCAAGACCCCAACCUUGUGAGAUUGGACGCCGAGACCAAGGUCUCCCCCGAUCUCGAGAGUGCCUUCUUCUCCGUCAAGGGAGCCGAAAAGGAGGCUGCUCUGCUUCACAUCCUCAGUGACCUCAUCAAGAUGCCGCAAGGUACACCCGACGGAAUUCCCCUGGAUGUUGUGCCGUCGAAGAAGCGGAAGCGCGAGGGCGAAGGCAGAGGAAAGCCGACAGAACACUCAACCAUUAUUUUUGCAGCUACGAAGCAUCACGUCGAGUACCUGGCGCAGCUGCUGACGAAAGCCGGUUACGCUGUGUCGUACGUCUACGGUUCGCUCGACCAAGAAGCCCGUCGCAUCAACACCGAAAACUUCCGCAACGGACGAGCCAACAUCCUGGUGGUGACGGAUGUCGCGGCCAGAGGUAUCGAUAUUCCCGUGUUGGCCAACGUCAUCAACUACGACUUCCCUCCUCAGCCCAAGGUCUUUGUGCAUCGUGUCGGACGUACGGCUCGUGCUGGUCAGAGGGGUUGGGCUUACAGCAUUGUGCGCGAACUCGACACCCCUUACCUUCUGGAUCUCCAGCUCUUCCUCGGCCGCAGGCUGGUGGUGGGCCACGAGAUCGAGAGCCCAUCCUACGCCGAGGACGUUGUCGUUGGUGGACUUCGACGUGACAGAAUCGAAAUCCAGAUGGAGUGGAUGGAGAAGGUUCUGAAGGAGGAGUCUGACAUUGAGGCCCUACGCAAAGUCUCUACAAAGGCCGAGAAGCUGUACCUCAAGACCCGCCACUCUGCGUCCAGCCAGAGCGCAAAGCGAGCUCGCGAGCUGGUAGGAACCAAAGGAUGGCAUUCGCUGCAUCCUAUUUUUGGCGCGGACAUCAACAACGCCGAACAGGCGCGCAACGAGAUGAUGGCCAAGAUUAGCGGUUUCAGACCAGCCGAGACCAUUUUCGAGAUUGGAAGGGGAGGAAAGGGCUCAAGCAAUGAGGCGGUGGAAGUCAUGAAGCAGCUGAGGAAACGCAUUACACCACACCGUGGUAACAAGGAGAAGAAGGUCGACUCUGACGACGAGAUGGAGGACUUGGGUGACGCCGCGAACGACUCAGAUGACGGAUCCGACGACGAGGCGAAUGCUGAUGCCAUGGAGGCUUACAACUCUGACGGCGACGAAGACGACGAUGACGGGUUCGAAGUCACGGUUACCAACACUGGCGACAAGAAGAAGAAGCCGGAUUCCUGGAAGGAUUCGGAGGUCUUCAUGUCAUACACGCCGAGAACAAUCAAUGCCGCCGAGGAGCGCGGUUACGGUGUCACAUCAGGCGCCCAGAUGUCAAGUUUCGUCGAAGCGGCCCGCGACCUCACGAUGGAUCUCACAAACGACGAUACGGCCAAGGGCUUUGGCGAGCCGUCGCGCGCCAAGGGCAUGCGCUGGGACAAGAAGCAGAACAAGUACGUGGCGCGCCAGAACGACGAGGACGGUUCCAAGGGCUCCAAGUACGUGCGCGGCGAGAGCGGUGUCAAGAUCGCAGCCAGCUUCCAGAGCGGACGUUUCGACCGAUGGCGCAAGGCCAACCGCCUAGGACGGAUCCAGGUGGGCGGGCUAGAGAAGGCCAACGUGCCGGAGCUGCCGGCGAACCACAAGUACAAGCACAAGCAGGAGAAGGCACCGAAGCAAGCAGACAAGUUCCGCGACGACUACGAGGUGCGCAAGAAGCGCAUCGCCGAGGCCAAGGAGAAGCGCGUGGGCCAGUACAAGGACGGUGCGGGCAACCGCAAGGAGAUCAAGGGCGUCGACGAUAUCCGCAAGGCGAGGUGGGAAAAGCAGAAGCGCAUGGAGAAGAACGCGAGGCCGGCGCGGAGGAAGUAG